ACUCGGCAUCGAAGAAGACGCAUCAGUCCGGAAACAGCGUCUGGGAGGAGCCGGAUGUGAUGCACAUCCUUUUCAAAGGCGAGGAUCCUCGGCUACUGACUCACCCGGUGUACGAGGGAGCUGUUGCUGAAGACGAGGACGACGCUCUUCGGAGGAAACAGAAAGUGACACCCACGGAUGUGGAGGAGAAGUCUUUCAAGUCUUUGACUUUCGCGGACAUCGGAAACCUGACCCAGAGGGGGGCUCUGUACAAGGACGGCGAGCGGAAUCUGAAUCAGUUGUGCAAUCAGCUUCUUUUCUUUUGUGGUGUGGCGGAUGCCGUGCUGUUCUUGGGCAAGCCGCACGCGYAGGUGGUGUGGAGUCUGCUUCAGCAGGGAAGGCACGUCUUGGCCGUGGAUGGGGACACAACGCAGCUCGAAUACACCAUGCAGUAUGUCACCCAUGAAGUGYCGUCCAAGGCUUACCYAUGUGAUUUCCACCAUGUCGUGGUCGAGCCCGUUUAUGACCCGAACAAGGACAUGUUCUUCAAGUUGACUCCGAAGAAAAGGCGCCAGGUCUACUCCUUCCUUUACGGCGAACAACCAAGGUUGAGAUUUGACCCGCAGUACGUGGAGUUGCCAGGGGUCACCCCGCCGGCAGGAGUUGUGAAGCGCAAGUCUCGCGGAAAGGACGGCGACGGGGAUGGUGAAGGCGGCGGGCAACGAGGUACCGAAGGUGGAAGUGAACAGCGAUCGACGAAACAGCGGUCUCCGGGGCACGCAGGUGGCGGAGAGGGGAGAAAGGGCAGCCGGGAGAAGAAUAAGCCUCACAGCGGAGAGAAGACAAAGCAUCACAGAGGAGACGGGCAGGGGUCCGAUGUCGACCGCGACAAGGACAAUGGGGUUCUGGCGGUAACAGGCAGCACCUCAAUGGAGACGGGGAACGACUUGAGGCAUGGGUGUAUUACGCGGCCUGGCGAGCAGGACCCUGUGAUUAGCUUCACCAGCGAAACACAGUUUGUCGAUACAGUUGGCAGGGCGGGUGUCGCAAAGCAUGGAUGCUUCGCUCUGCUCCAAAUGCGGUUGGCGGAUUGUCUCGGAUCAAUCCGAACCUCGGAGAUGACCUCGUUGUCCGGAACUCAGUGCCUUCCGGGAAGCGAUACGACAACAUACCACGGGUCUGGCAGCGACAAGCUGGAACCGUGUUUUGUUUCGCCUCAAAAGGAAUUUCGGAUUAAUCCGAACUGCGAAGGCCGUGCCAUCGAGGGAGCACAGCUGUCUACAGAACUCGAACGGGUGGUCCGGGUUUCCGAAAACCCUGGCGACGAAAUUCGGAUUCAUCCGCACCAGGAAGCCGUGUUUGCCAUGACAGAGGAUCGGUGUCAGGAUGUAGUAAUGCUCUGCGUGGAAGCCCACAAGGAGCUGCAGGCGGACUGUCGGACUGAGGGUGAGUUGGCGACCAGUUCCAAUGUCGAGCCCAACACACUCGGAGCUGAGUUAGCAGUCGUAAGCGACUCCCCGGUGAAAGCGGUCAUGUCGGCGUCAUUUGAAACUGCGGGGGCUCGGAUGAAUCCGAACCAGGGCCCUGUGAACAUGUCCCUCCCUGAUGCAUCUUUGGAGACGACCGUGAUUCGGAUUCAUCCGAGGCACACGGACGAAAGACUUCAACUGGCAGGCGUUGAGGGUUGUCGACUACUGACGACUUUGGACAAGGACAUAUCCGUCGACGACCAGAUUGAUCCGACACUCAGCGACGUCGGGAUGGAGCUACCAGUUCAGCCGGGAUACGACAAUCCCUUGUACUCCGCCCUUCACAACGAGGCGAUGGGGGAGGACGUUCUGAAGAAGGCCUCUGACGCUGUUGGAGAUAGAUUUCUCUAUUUGAGUGACGACGACAAAGACACAGCGUACGGGGACAAGAAGUUAACGGGGGGAGAGGUGUUGUUGGACAUCCAUGAAACAUUGAGCCCAACAUAAUACGACACAGUGGCAAUGGAGAAAACACAACCUGUCGAUGUUGUGGACGUGGACGAUCUUUGUCCGGAG